AUGGAAAACAGCUCUUUGCCUUUUUACUUCAACCUCACCAUGUUUGUGAACAUUGGACACUACCGCUUUGCAGCCUUUGCCUUCUGCAUGCUGCUCUACAGCUUAAUCGUCUGCGCGAAUCUCCUAAUGAUCCUGGUGAUUUCCCAGUACAGAGCAUUGCAUCAGCCCAUGUACAUGUUCAUUGCUUUGUUAUCAGCCAACGCUCUGUACGGCUCCGCUGGCUUCUUCCCCAGAUUUCUCAUGGACCUGCUGUCUGAUGUCCACUUGAUAUCUAAGCUGGCCUGUUUCACCCAGAUUUAUGUGAUUUAUACGUACGGUUCAAAUGAACUGACCAUUCUGAGCAUCAUGGCGUAUGAUAGAUAUGUAGCGGUGUGCCAUCCUUUACAUUAUUACAGAAAGAUGACUUCUAAAACUGUUGUCCUGCUGUCAGUGCUGGCCUGGAUCUUUCCAGCUUUGGCUCUAACAGCAGUAAUAUCAAUGUCUGCCCAGCUUCCUUUGUGUGGCAAUGAGAUACAGAAGGUGUUCUGUGCCAACUGGAAUGUGGUUAAAUUAUCAUGUGUGAGCACAGCUCUCAACAAUGUUUUAGGAAUGCUUCUGACCAUAACUACUGUUUUUCUCCCGCUUUUUUAUGUGCUUUACACCUAUUUACGGAUCCUAACUGCGUGCUGGAAGAGAUCUGCGGAGUUCAAGGGUAAAGUGUUGCAAAGCUGCCUGCCACACAUUGUUUCCUUCGUGAUUUAUUCCAUUGCUGGAUUUUGCGAUAUCGCCUUGAGUCGAUACAACCCAGAAGACAUAAAUCCAUUUGUUGCUGUUAUUUUGUCCUUGGAGUUCGUUGUCAUUCCUCCGGUUUUGAAUCCUCUUGUUUAUGGCCUCAAGCUGCCAGAUAUCAGAAGGCACAUUUUAGGUUUUUUGUCAUGCCAUAAAAGAUGA